AUGUCGCGCACAGAAGACGAUCGGCGUCUGCUGAAUACAUUUGAGAAGCUAGCAUGCAGGCCUUCACCACAACGAGACAUAUUAGCAGGUCAGCGCACCCCAACGGCGCGCAGUGGGCAUCGCUGUGUGGCCGAUAACACUAACCUCUACGUGUUCGGCGGAUACAACCCGGACUACGACGAGUCCGGAGGCUCAGAGAACGAAGACUAUCCGCUGUUCAGAGAGCUAUGGAGGUUCCACUUUGCAACCGGGCAAUGGCAGCAGAUCCAGACCGAGGGGUACAUGCCUACAGAGCUAGCUUCCAUGUCCGCCGUUUUGCAUGGGAACAACCUCCUGGUGUUCGGCGGCACUGGCAUCCCGUUCGGUGAAAACAACAGCAACGACGUUCACGUGUGUAAUGUUAAAUACAAGCGCUGGGCACUGCUCAACUGUCGCGGGAAGAAACCAAACCGAAUAUAUGGCCAGGCCAUGGUUAUCAUAAAUGGCUUUCUGUACGUGUUUGGUGGAACGACCGGCUACAACUACAGCACAGAUUUGCACAGACUGGACCUGACCUCGAGGGAAUGGAUCUAUCUUAAACCCAACAAUCCCCCGGACGACUUUCCAGAGGAGCGGUACAGACAUGAAAUAGCACAUGACGGACAGAGAAUAUACCUUUUGGGGGGAGGCACAUCGUGGACAUCUUAUCCCCUGGACAAGAUCCACGCUUAUAAUUUAGAAACCAACUCCUGGGAAGAGAUUGGAACAAAACCUCACGACAAAAUAGGAUACCCGGCUCCGCGGCGCUGCCAUAGCUGUGUGCAGAUCCACAACAAUGUAUUUAUUUGCGGAGGCUACAACGGGGAAAUAAUUUUAUCAGAUUUGUGGAGGAUCGAUCUUCAGUCUUUCCAGUGGGUGAAACUCCCAGCGCUGAUGCCCGAGCCGGCGUACUUCCACUGUGCAGCUGUGACACCGGCCGGCUGUAUGUACAUUCACGGCGGAGUGGUGGACAUCCAUGAGAAUAAAAGGACUGGCUCUUUGUUUAAGAUCUGGCUGACAGUGCCCAGCCUCCUGGAGCUGUGCUGGGAGAAGUUGCUCCGAGCCUUCCCCCAUCUGCCUGCACUCCCCCCGAUGCAACAGCUCAACCUGGGGCUGACGCAGGAGCUGAUAGAGCGCCUCAAAUAG